UCUUAAUUGAACGACAUUGGGUAUAUAUACCUCGUGAUUUGCGACUACAUUUAGUUAGGUUUUUUACAAAGAAGACUCCCAGACCGAAAUAAUUAAACGAUUGUACAAACACAAGGACUGGGAGCACAUGCAUGGAAAAUUUUCGAUAGUGUAACAAACAAUAUUGUGCAAAAGAAAUGAUUAUGGAAAGACAGAGCAUUACAUUUCUAUUUAUUUUCGUCAUCAGUUUAUACACCGCAGAUUCAAGGGAAGAAAGACACAAAAGACAGCUCCCAGAUCCAUUUGGUGGUGGCGGGGGUGAUCCAUUUGGAGGAGGAGGCGGUGGUGGUCUUGAUCCAUUCGGCAAUGGAGGAACAGGAGGUACAUCAGACAAAUGUAAACCUAUCCAAGCACCUGUUAACACUCAAGUAAAUUGUAUAUCUGCAAGUGACAGCAGUCCAUUUUACCAUUGCAUAGCUAAUGCUGAUGCUGGAUACCAGUUCAGAGAUGGUGAUAGGUCUAAACAAAAAGAUUGCGAUAGCAUGACUGGCAACUUUUUCGGUGGUAACCAGUUUGAACCAGUAGUUCCCAUUUGUGAUCCUCCAUGUCAACACCAUGGGACAUGUGUUAUGCCAGAUACAUGUGCUUGUACACCAGGUUGGAAAGGUGCUAAAUGUGAACAAGCUGCAGCUUUAUGUGCAGAUCCAUCAUCACCCCAGGGUGGCAGUAUUCAGUGCCACCAAGGAACAACAAAAAAAGAAUGUACUGUCACUUGUCAACCAGGGUUUACAUUUGAAUAUCAACCCUCAGAUAAAUACACAUGUUCAUCUAAUGGCACCUGGACUCCAGUCGUUUCAAGCAUUCCAAACUGUCUUCCUAUUGGAUCAAGUGUUACUAUAAUACCUGGAGGAAAUUCAAAUCAUCCACACUCAACGCGAGAUGCCAUGUGUGCUGCAUGGGGACAAGACCAUUAUAGAACAUUUGAUGGAACAGUAUACUCAUUCCAAGGACAUUGUGAAUAUCUUAUGGCAAAAGAUAGCAAAAGUGACACAUUCCAUAUCCACUUGAUAAAUGAUAAACAAUGUACUUCACAUACACCUUGCAAACGUGAACUUGAUGUUUACAUUGGACAGACAGUUGUGAGAUUUCGAAAAGGAGCUGCAGGUCCCAUUGUUUAUUUCAAUAAUUUCCCAUUGACAAUUCCCACAUCUAGAGAUGGCAAUACUUUCGAAAAGCUUGGACAUUAUAUUGUCAUGAAAAGCCCUCUUGGUUUUAUGAUACGGUGGGAUGGACGACAGUCAGUAUUCUUGUCAGUUUCAGCAGAUCAUAAAGGAGGCAUUUCAGGUUUAUGUGGUACAUAUAACGGCAAUAAAGGAGAUGAUUUCACAACUGACACCGGCAGUGUUGUUAAAUCACCAUCCAGUUUUGCAUCAACCUGGAAAAAAUCAGCAAUAGGAGCAGCUGUGUGCCCAGAUGCUCCACAGAAAUCUUGUUCUGGUACACAAGCUACUCAGGCCGAAUCAGUGUGCAAUAAAAUCAUGGAUCCAGCUUUUCAAGCUUGCCAUACAAAAGUGGAUCCUGCCUCCUUUAAAGGGGCCUGUAAAUCUGAUUGUUGUGGUGGAGAUCUCAGUAAAUGUUCUUGCAGCAGUUUGGAGGCAUAUGCUAGAGCUUGUUUAGAAGCUGGAAUUAUUCUCAAUUGGAGAAAUAAUCAACUUUGUUCUGUAUCCUGCCCAAACAAUCUUGUUCAUCAGGAAUGUGGAAGUGCUUGCCAGAAGACCUGCACAUCAGUAGGCACAACCUGUACUGAUAGUACAUGCAUUGAUGGCUGUUUCUGUCCCCAUGGUAUGGUUCUCCAUCAAGGCAAAUGCAUCAUGAAUGAUAAGUGUCCCUGUACAAAGGAUGAUGGGUCAGAAUAUCAUGCAGGUGAUGUUAUUCCAAAGGACUGCAACAGUUGCACAUGUACAUCAGGAGGAAUAUGGCAUUGUACACAAAAAAAAUGUGAAGCAACUUGCUCUGCAACUGGUGAUCCCCACUACAUGACCUUUGAUGGCAAAAGAUUUAAUUUUAUGGGUGUAUGUCACUAUUACAUGAUGAAAGAUGACAAUUUCAAUAUUGUUGCUGAGAACAUUAAAUGCGGUCAUGGGCAGGCAUCAUGUACUAAAGCCAUUGCAAUAAAUAUACCAGGUCAUACAAUAAGAUUAGACCACAAUCACCAGCUAUUUGUAGAUGGUACAGAAAUACACAAAUUACCUUACCAGGGAAAUGGAAUUAAGAUUUACAUGGUUUCAUCAUUGUUUAUGAAGGCAGAAUUAUCAAAUGGUAUCACAGUAUUAUGGGAUGGAAGAACAAGGGCUUACAUCACAGCACCAUCAUCCUUCUUUAACAAAACCAAAGGAUUGUGUGGUACAUAUGACAGUAACCAGAAGAAUGACUUCAAAACUCUACAGGGUGACAUUGAAACUGAUGUCAAUGAAUUUGGUAACAGAAUGAGAGUAAAUCCUCAGUGUGCUCCAGUUACUCUUCCUGCACGUAAUCCAUGUGAAGAUAAUACCCAAAGAAAGACCCAAGCAAAACAGUACUGUGAUUACAUUUUGCAGGAUUUCUUCAAACCAUGUCAUAGCAAAGUUGAUGCAACCAGUUUCCAUGAAGAUUGUAUGUAUGACAUGUGUGCCUGUACAGAGAACCUAAGAGACUGCUUGUGCCCAAUGAUUGGAGAGUAUGCCAAACAGUGUGCAGCUAUGGGUGUUCAGGUCCUGUGGAGAAACCAUAUUCCAGAAUGCCAAAUCCCAUGUAAUGGUGGACAGAUUUACCAGGUGUGCCCUAAUGAAUGUGUUCGUACCUGCAGUAACAUUGCACAAGACCAAUACUGUGUGCAGUCUAAAGAAUGUGCUGAAGGAUGUGGCUGUCCUGCCAAUCAUACACUUAAUGAUGAAGGAGAAUGUAUAGCAAUUGCAGAAUGCCCAUGCAUAUUUAGUGGAAAUGAGUAUCCAGCCGGAUUCCUCACAAAAAUGGAUGAUAAGAUAUGCACUUGCAGAGAUUCCAGAUGGGAAUGUACAGUCAUCCCAACCAUCAAAGCUGUGACAGUAACUGUCAUAGGAAAUGGAACUCAGCCUCCAUCAACUGUAAAUCCAUUCAUGCCUGUUGUUCAAGAUAUCUGUGAUGUUAAACAGUUCCAGGAAUACACCAAAUGCUUGCCAGAAUGUCCUGUCACCUGUCAGAACAUGCAUGACACCACUACAUCAUGUCCUGCACCAACAAGCUGUACUGCAGGAUGUAAAUGUAUGGAUGGAUAUGUUCUGGAAGGAAAACAGUGUGUCAAGCCAUCAGCCUGCCCAUGUUAUCACGGAGGGAAAGCUUACUUUGAAGGACAGAAGAUCCAGAUGGAUUGUAAUGAAUGCACCUGUCGUGGUCAGAAUUGGGAUUGUACCAACAAAGAUUGUCCAGCCAUUUGUAGUGCUGUAGGUGAUUCCCAUUACCACUCAUUUGAUGGUAGGGAGUAUGAGUUCCAGGGCAGUUGUGACUAUGUACUAGCUAAAUCCACUGAUCAAAAUCCCCACAAGUUUCUGAUAACAGAAAACAAUGUGCCAUGUGGAACCAGUGGAGUGACUUGUACCAAGUCUAUCACUUUCAGCAUUGGGGAGCCAGGUACAAAAAAUUACUACUCAAUUCAGCUAAUCAAAGGGAAACCUAUAUCUGUGGAAUCUGAAUCCCCAUUUAAUGUAACAGAAGUAGGUGAAUCCAUCAUGGUGACAACAAAUACUGGUAUUACACUUGUCUGGGACAAAGGAACAAGAGUUUACAUCAAACUCAAAACUGAACAUAAAGGAAAAGUUGAGGGUCUUUGUGGUAAUUUUGAUGCAGAUCAGAAAAAUGAUUUUACAAUGCCUCAAGGUGGACCACCAGCCAUCAAAGCCACCAAGUUUGGUGACAGCUGGAAGGUGCAUGAUUACUGUGGCCCUCCAAACAAUGUGACAGACACCUGUGAACAGACUCCACAUCGUAAACCCUGGGCACAAAGAAAAUGUGGAAUAAUCUCAUCCAAACUUUUUGAAACCUGUCAUCAUGUAGUACCAUAUCAGAAAUAUGUUGAAAAAUGCGUGUUUGAUGCAUGUGCCUGUGACCUUGGAGGAGAUUGUGAAUGUUUGUGUACAGCUGUUGCAGCUUAUGCACAUGAAUGUGCCAUUGCAGGUGUGCCAGUUAGUUGGAGAACUGAUGCUUUCUGUCCCAUACAGUGUGAAACAUGCCAAAAAUACAACCCAUGUAUAUCAAUUUGUCCAAAGAAAACCUGUGACAACAGAUUGGUUUAUGAUCAUUUAAUCAAAGAUUGCAAAGAAGAAAUGUGUUUUGAAGGUUGUGACAUUAAGCCGUGUGCAGAUGGAAUGGUUUAUGAUGGAACACAAAAACCAAUGAAAUGUAUCCCAGAACCCCUCUGUAACAAUUCUAUCUGUGUUUUCAAUGGUAGACAUUACCGUCAGAAUGAACAAAUUACAGAUGAGGCAGUUUGUGAUCAAAGUUGCGAAAUUUGUUACUGCAGUGACAACGGUGAAAUGAAACGUAACGGUUUCUGUAGCACCACUCCUCAUCCAAGUACAGUAUCUCCUGUUGUAACACCAGGAGGAAUGCCAACUCCUUCUCCAACACCAAAUGGUGGUGGUCACCCCCUUCCAGAAACAACAAUGGCAAUUAAAUGUCUGAGAAAUGAUUGGACUGAUUGGAUGAGUGCUUCUCAGCCAUCCCCAACAAAUCAAGGUGACAUUGAGACAAUAUCAGGACUGAGGAAGAAAUAUGUCUUCUGUGACAAUUACAUGAUGACUGCCAUACAAUGUCGAGUUAUUGGAACCAAUACCAUGUCAGCAGAUUCAGGACAGAAAGUUACAUGUGACCUGAAAGAAGGACUGAGAUGCCUGAAAUCAAGCCAAGACAAUGGGCAAUAUUGUAAUGAUUAUGAAGUUCGUUUUGAUUGUAGUUGUGGUCUCACUCCUGGAUAUCAAACAGGUGGUAAGCCAACACCACAACCUCAUUUUCAUGGAACAGGAUCACCUACUCCUAGUCCACCAAGUGGGUCAGUAGGACAACCUACACCCAGUCCAACAGAUGGAACAGGUCACCAACCAACACCAAGACCAACAGAUGAAGCUGGUGGCACACCAACCCCACAACCAAAUCCAGGUUUGACAGGAUCACCAACACCAGGUCCCACUUACUUGCCAGGGGAAUCACCAAUACCAACAAAAUACCAUCAGAAUGGAGAUGCAAAAACUACAACAUCAAAACCAAACCCAGGAGAAACUAGACAGCCAACUCCAAGCCCAGGAUUACACACUGGUGGAGCACCAACUCCUAGCCCUGGAGUCAAUAGUGGCAUACCUACACCACAGCCAACCCUAAAUAAAGGUGUAACAAGAAUUCCACUGCCACAAUACAGUGAGACAAGACUGCCUUACUAUUGCAAAGAUGGUUGGUCUGAAUGGAUGAAUGUUGAUUCUCCUAUUGUUAAGAAUACUUUUGAGAUUAAAGAGUCUGGAGAUUUUGAAUUGAUGGGAGAAUUACGCCACCACUAUAGCUUCUGUGCCAAACCAAAUUCCAUUAAAUGCCAGACUGUUGCUGACAAACUUCCUUACACAUCUUCUAAAGAUGACCAGGUGACUUGCGACCUUAUUGAUGGUCUGGUAUGUUCAAACUCCAAACAGGGUGGCAGAAAUUGCUCUGAUUAUGAAGUCAGUGUUUACUGUGAUUGUGGAGGCUCCACACCUGUCCCAGGAGGUUUGACACUGGGCUACACACCAACACCUGGUCCAGGAAUCCCAUAUGCCCCAACACCAUCUUGUAUGUGGUCUCCAUGGAUGAAUAGUCACACCAAGAUCACUAAAUCGAAAGGAGAAUAUGAAACAAUAAGCAAUCUCAGACUGAAAUAUUCCUUCUGUGAAUUUCCAGCAAAGAUUGAAUGCAGAGAAAUUGCCACAAAGCAGAGCUACAGUAUUGUUAAUCAGAAGGGUGUGUCGUGUGAUGUCAACAGAGGACUUGUAUGUGAGGAUAUUAACCAGAACAAUGGACACUGUAAGGACUAUGAGGUCCGUGUCUAUUGUGUGGAUGCUUGUCCAUCAACACCAAGACCAUCUGCAGGUCCAAAUGGCUCACCAACUCCAUCACCUGGAUCAGGACCUGAUAGCUCACCAACUCCAUCACCUGGAACAGGACCUGAUAGCUCACCAACUCCAUCACCUGGAACAGGACCUGAUAGCUCACCAACUCCAUCACCUGGAACAGGACCUGAUAGCUCACCAACUCCUUCACCUGGAACAGGACCUGAUAGUUCACCAACUCUUUCACCUGGAACAGGACCUUAUAGCUCACCGACUCCAUCACCUGGAACCGGACCUGAUAGCUCACCAACUCCUUCACCUGGAACAGGACCUGAUAGCUCACCAACUUCUUCACCUGGAACAGGUCCUGAUAGCUCACCGACUCCAUCACCUGGAACAGGACCUGACAGCUCACCAACUCCAUCACCUGGAACAGGACCUGAUAGCUCACCAACUCCAUCACCUGGAACAGGACCUGAUAGCUCACCAACUCCAUCACCUGGAACAGGACUUGAUAGCUCACCAACUCCAUCACCUGGAACAGGACCUGAUAGCUCACCAACUCCAUCACCUGGAACAGGACCUGAUAGGUCACCAACUCCUUCACCUGGAACAGGGCCUGAUAGCUCACCAACUCCUUCACCUGGAACAGGAUCUGAAAGCUCACCAACUCCAUCACCUGGAACAGGACCUGAUAGCUCGCCAACUCCAUCACCUGGAACAGGACCUGAUAGCUCACCAUCUCCUUCACCUGGAACAGGACCUGAUAGUUCACCAACUCCAUCACCAGGAAAAGGUACAAAUGGCUCACCAACUCCAAACCCAACUGAUGUCAUAGGUGAAGUACCUUCAAAACAUCCACUUAAUGGAGAUGGACAGACAACUAUAGCUCCAACUGCAGACAUUUGUAUUGAAGGCUGGACAGACUGGAUAAAUGUUAACCAUCCUUCAGGAUCCACUGGAGAUAUGGAAUUACCCAAAGAUAUUCCUGGAUAUCCAAAAACUUGUGAUGAGGUAAUUGCUGCUAAAUGUGUUGUGGCAAGUUCUGGUCUUGAGUACAAAAGUACUGGACAAAAUGUGGACUGUAAUAUUAAAGGACUUGCAUGUGUAAACGACCAGAUCCAAACUUGCCAGGACUACAAGUCUAAAUUCUAUUGUCUAUGUAAAAAGCCCACACCUAAACCUACAAUUCCACCAAUUGGUAAACCAACACCUAAACCAACCUCAGACUUACAAAGAUUACCAACACUGACAGCAACCCCAUCUGCUGGUACUAUUGUUUGUGAUCAUGGAUGGACUCAGGAAAUGAAUGUGGACACACCUGAUAGCAGCAAUAAUGGAGAUUAUGAUACCAUUUCAAAACUACGAACAAAAUAUGCCUUCUGUGAUGCUGGAAAUAUCAUCGCAGCAAGAUGUUACAAAGCAGGCACAAAUAUUACCCAUGACCACACUGGUGAGGUUGUGACUUGUAAUAAAACAGGAGUUUAUUGUAACAACUGGGACCAGAUAAACCAAUCAACAGGAAAAUGUUCUGAUUACUCUGUUCGUUUCUACUGUAACUGCAAAUACUCCACAGCCGGACCAACAACUAGCAUGAAACAGCCAACCAAAGUACCAACCAAGACCUUUAGUGGACCUACAAAACCAACAGGUUCUGAACCAUUUAAAGCCACAACAGCAAAAAUAACAGGCACAUUUACUGUAAUACCUUUUGAGCAUUGCAAGACUGAGCUUGGCAUACAAGAUGGAUCCAUCUACAGCUAUGAGAUGUUCAGAGCUAGCUCUUCCAAAGGAUCUGACGCUGAUGCAUACAAAGCCAGACUUUAUGGUCCGAAGGCUUGGGAAGCUAGGUACAAUGAUAUCACAUCUGAAUACAUUCAGAUUGACUUAGGAGAAACAAUGUAUGUAGCUGGAAUUCGUAUCCAGGGCAACCCUAACAAAGAUAUGUGGGUAACAAAGUUCAGUGUUGCUACAAGUCUUAAUGGUCAGACAUGGUCCAUCAUUCAAGAUGCUAACCUUGGAUCAGACGCUGUUUUCAGUGGAAAUCAUGACAAAAAUACACCAGUUGAUGUCAUGCUUGAUGGUGCUCAUGGCAAUAAUGAAAUCCGAACACAUUUUGUCAGAAUAUUGCCUAAAGAAUUCUACGGUGGAAUUUCACUUAGAUUUGAAGUAUUGUCCUGUCGAACACCACCAAAAAUAACAACAACAGUUGAGGUGACCCCACAUACUGGACCAACCAUUUCUGGUACCUUAGCCUCACCAGGCACAGGCAUGCAGAUCAUACCUACAGCUCGUCCAUUAUGUUAUGAACCAAUGGGAAUUGAGAACAGUUUGCAUGUUAAGGAUUCACAAUUAACCAGUUCAUCAUCUCGAGAAAAGAUGACUAAUGCACAAUAUGGACGUCUUCAGAAUGCAUUUGGAUCAUGGAUUCCUCACCCAAAUGACACAAAACCAUGGAUUCUUGUUGAUAUGAAACAACCCAAGCUGAUAUCUGGUAUUAUGACACAGGGUAGUGCCAAAGAGGACAAGUGGGUAACCAAAUAUAAAAUCACGUACAGUAUGGACGGCUUUACAUUCACAUCAUAUAAUCCACAAGGAACCCCAAUGGAAUUCCAAGGAAAUCAUGACAGAAAUACCAUCAUGAGGCACAUUCUGCGACAACCAAUUACGGCAAGAUUUAUCAAAAUCCAUCCAAUAAAUGGAGGCCCAAAUGGCUUGGGACUUCGAUUUAAUCUCCUUGGAUGUUACUACUACAUACCAGGGAUGCACCACCACACAACAUCUAUAACUGGUACUAGUAGUGUACCAAUUAAAACUGGUACAGAUACACACAGUGGUGGUUCUAUUAUUACAGUGUCUCCAGGAGUGCCAAAUCAAGGGAAACCAACACCAUCACCAGGAGCAUCACAACAAGGGACACCAACAUCAGGCCCAACACCAGGCCCAACUUUAGAACCAUUGUGUGCUAUAAAGAUGGGGAUAGAGAACUACCUAAUUGUAGGUAAACCUCAGCUGACUGCAUCUUCAUCUAAAGACAGCCAUGCAGGAGCCAGCUAUGGUCGUCUUAAUGAAGGAGAGAAAAAACCUACUGCUUGGAUUCCAUCACCUCUAGACAAGAACCCAUACAUUGAAGUGAACUUCUUGGAACCCAAGACAAUUACAGGAGUGAUGAUUCAGGGCCAUGGACAGCUUCCACAAUGGGUAAAGACAUUCACAGUACUGACUAGUACAGAUGGAAAGACUUUCAAACCAUAUAACAACAAGGAGAAUAGCACUACACCAAAUAUCUUCCAAGGAAACAAGAACAAUACACAGCCAGAAACAUACCUCUUCAAUCGUAAUAUUGUGGCUCAAUAUGUCAGGAUCUAUCCUGGAGAAUACACUGGAGCCCCAGCUAUAAGAUUUAAUCUUUUAGGUUGUAAUCCAUCAGUAGUUAUUACAACUCCAGAACCAACUUUACCACCAGGUGUUACCACUGUAUCACCUUCAGUGCCAGCACAGCUCAAACCAACAGCUCAUCCAAAUCCAGACCAAUAUAUUGCUCCACCAAAAGUUUGUUUGCUGACGAUGGGAGUGCAGAGUUCUCUUAUUGUUGAUAACAAACAAAUGACAGCAUCAUCAUCACAAAACACAUCAACACCACAAGCCAGUAGAAUAUAUGCAAGUGUCUCAUGGAUGCCAAGCAAAACAGAUACUAAACCUUGGAUACAGAUUGAUUUCCUCAAACCUAAACUUUUGUCUGGUGUAGUUACACAAGGUGAUGGAAAAUCUCAGAACUGGGUCAAAACAUACCAGAUCUACACAAGUAUAGAUGGCAUCAAUUUCAUCCCAUACAGUGACAGAACAGGGGACAAAACUGCUAAAACAUUCAAUGGUAACAAGGACAAUGUCACCCCAGUAAGACAUCUUUUCAACCGUAACAUUACAGCUCAGUUCAUUCGACUGUAUCCCACAGAAUCCUACACAGACACACCUGCACUCAGAUGGAAUGUGAUUGGCUGUACUCCUGACGCACCUAGACCAAAGGUUCCACCACAGGGUAUACCUACACCAAAACCAGGAACUGGGUUACAAAUAAUUCCAACAGCUCAUCCAGGCAGUGACCAACAAGGAAAACCAACUUUAGGACAAAAUACUGGUACAGGCAGCACAGCCGUACCUUCUGGACAAGAACAGUUCACACCAACACCUGCACCAUUGUGUGAGAUUCCUAUGGGAUUGUCUAACAAGUUUAUAGUAACAGACUCUCAACUUACAUCAUCAAGUAAACUCAAAAACUUCACUGGUGCGGAACGUGGACGAAUCUACACUGAGAAAGAUGGUAGCUUUACUGGUGGUUGGGUGCCAAGUGAGAGCAACAAGAAACAAUGGAUUCAAGUGGACCUGUUGGCUCCUUAUGAAAUAACAGGUAUAAUUACUCAAGGUCAGUCUGAAAAACCUAACUGGGUUACAAAGUAUGCAGUGUAUUACAGUACAGAUGGAGAAAACUUUAUUCCUGUGCCUAAAUCACCUGUAGAUAAAGCUCCAAUGGUUUUCACUGGAAACAAGGAUCAGUUUACACCAAUCCAGCAUUUGUUUCCAAAAGUUGUUGCAAGAUUUGUUAGAGUAUACCCAUUAGAAUGGCAUAAUUUGAUAGGCUUAAGAUUUAACCUUCUUGGGUGUCAAUCACCUUCACCUAAGCCAAAUAUAAGAACAACACAAGGACCUGAUACAAUGAGUACAGAGACACCCAGUCCUCUGUCCUGUAUGUACUGGACACCAUGGGUUAACACUGGUACACCUGAUAAAGUAGGAGAAUAUGAAACUGUCUACAACUUGAACCAGCUGGUACAUUCCUGUGACAAGAAAAACAUGGGCGCUAUAGAAUGUCGAGAUAUGGCUACUAAAAUGUCACAUGAUAAGAUUGGAGAGACAGGUGUCCAGUGUGAUUUAAGUACUGUUGGAGGACUGCUGUGUAAAAACGAUGCUCAGGCUGACCACCAGUGUAAUGAUUAUGAGAUAAGAGUUUUCUGUGAUGAGUGCCCAACUGUUGCACCAACCAAUCUACUAACACCAACUCCAGGUGUAAACCAGCAGGCUACACCCACAGCCUCACCAAGACCAUGUGAAAACAGAACAUUCUGGUCUGAAUGGAUAAACAACCAUAUGCCAAAUUCAGUUGGAGAAUCAGAAUUUAUGCUUCCAAAAGAAAUUACAAAAUUCUGUGCUACUGGCAAAAUAAGCAAAAUUGAAUGUACAACACUUGAUGGUACAGACUUCUCAGCUAGUGGAGAAAUGGUCACAUGUACAUUGGAUGAAGGGUUUAACUGUGAUGCUUCUUUGAAUGCUCCAUUCCCAUGCAGUGAUUAUCGUGUACGAUAUGAGUGCAAGGAAGUUUGUCUUGCAACUCCUACACCUAAAACAACACAUUCUUCAGUUCCAAUUUCUACAGAAAAACCAACACACAAACAAGGAGUUACUGUUACCACAAUGGAACCAACAUUAGGAACAACACCAACACCUACCCAACAAAGAUGUGUUGUGAGUAAGUGGAGUCCAUGGAUAAACAGAGACAAACCAGAUAUUGGAGUAUCUGAUCAUGAAUUUAUGAGCCAAGAAGAAUUGAAGAGAUUCUGUUUUGGAGGGAAUGUUACUAAAGUGGAAUGUGCUGUGGACAGUGAAAAUAACAUCCCGUAUUACAGUAGUGGAGAGAAGGUUGGAUAUUGUAAUAAGGAGCAUGGAUUCUUAUGUACCAAUGCAGAUAAUUUCCCUAUUCCUUGCUCUGAUUACAAGAUCAGAUAUUAUUGUGAAUGUGCCAAUGAAACAGGUACAAAGAGCCCAACAACAGUGACUACAGAAGCCCCAAACUCAAGCAAAUCAACUUAUGUAAGAUGUGCCUGGUCAAAUUGGCUUAGCAGUACUUCACCCACAAAUGCUCCUACUAGUGGGGACUUGGAAACUAUAGAAAACCUUAAAAAACAUUUUGGAUUAUGUCCAAGUAUUGUUGAUAUUGAAUGCAGAAUCCUAGACAAUGGUUCUGCUACCUCAGCAACACAAGAUUCUGUUACAUGUGACAUCAAGAAUGGUCUACGUUGUUACAACAGAGAUCAAGAAAGCUUCCAAUGUCACGACUAUGAGGUCAGGGUCAAAUGCUGGGACGAUUCAUGUAACCCAAGUCUCUCAAGUACUCUUCAACCACAACCAAACAGACAAACAUCCCUAGCCAAUCCAGACACAACAGCAGUUCUACAGUUCAGUCAAUCAACUACACCAAUUUGCGCACCUGGUGAGACCUUGGAACCAUGUGCAUACAAAUGUGGCGAUCUUUGUGACAACAUGGCACAAUUAAUUGACACAUGUAAACAGUCCCAAGGUACAUGUGUACCCCUGUGUAGACCAGCCAAGCAUCUAUGUGCUCCUGGAGAGAAGUUGAUGGAUAAAAUUACUUGUGUACAGCAGUCUAUGUGCCCAUGUAGGAAACAAGAUGGAACUAUUGCUAAGCCACUAGAACAAUGGAACAAUCCAAAUGAUUACUGUUCAAUCUGUCACUGUUUCAACAAUACAGUUACCUGUACAAAAGAUGAGACUUGUUCAACACCAUCACCAACUCAAUAUAAACCAAUUCCUGUUACACAUCCUCAGUGUUUUUGGACACACUGGAUUAACAUGGAUACACCUUUGACAUCUGAAGGUGACAUUGAAACCAUUUCCAAGAUCAGAACUCUGCAUACUUUCUGUUACAACCCAGUUCAUAUUGAGUGCAGAGAGGUCAGAUCACACACAGACUACACAACUAGAGGACAGACUGUAACAUGUGACUUAAAUACAGGGUUAAAAUGUUUGAACCAUGAAAAUGGUGGAUACUGUGAGGAUUAUGAAGUUAGGUUCUAUUGUCCUUGUGCAACAACACCAACAACCACCACAACAACAACACUUGCUCCACCCUCAGGAAUGCAACUUAUUCCAACAGCUGCCCCUACUUGUGGCUGGACUCACUGGAUUAAUCUGGACAAUCCAACUAUCAUGAAAGAAGGAAAACUAUUUGAGGGUGACAUUGAAUCAAUUGCCAAUAUUAGAAAAAUGCAUCCACUCUGUGAGUACUAUAUGAUGACACAAGUAGAAUGCAGAGAGGCGAAGACAAAGAUUCCUUCUUCACAAACAAAUGAAGUUGUUUCUUGUGACCGUAUUCGGGGCUUGAGAUGCAAAAAUGAUGCACAGCCUGAUGGUAAAUGUUUGGAUUAUGAAAUCAGAGUUUUCUGCAACUGUUUUGGAAUUCCUGGAUUACAUCAUCACACAAGUACCCCUAAAACUAGCCCACCCAAAACAACUGAACCUAUACCUAAUGUUUGUGGAUGGACAACUUGGUUCAAUGGACACAAACCAGACACACAGGGAGAGACUGAAACAUUCAUCAAUCUAAGAAAGGAUUUCAGAUUUUGUGAUGUUGAGGAUAUAACUGCUAUUCAAUGUCGUCAACAUGGAUCAGAAAAAUUAUUUAUGGAAACGGGUCAGAUGGGAGUUAUUUGUGAUAUACAUAAAGGUGGGUUGAUGUGCAACCAUGCUGACCAGAUUUCAACUGGUGGCAAAUGUUUUGACUAUGAGAUCAGGAUCUUAUGUGAGCCAAAGGAGUUGGAUUGUUCUCAUCUGACAACAGUAGCACCUUCUGCUGGUCACUACAUUAGCCCUACACCUUCACCAUCGACAGAUAUUUUUGGAAAUCCAAUACUUCAUCAUACUAAAAAAGCAACAACAACAAAUAAAUUUGCUAGUCCUACACCUUCAUUGAUGCAUACAACAGACAAGUUCAAAACUCCAUCCCUAGAAAAGACAACCACAGUUGCAGUACCAAAUAAACAUACUACGCAUAUUGAUACAACGGCAGUUACACCUAUUCUUGUAUGUACUGAUGGUAUGACACAAGGAUCUUCACUGCCCAUGAAUAGUGAAAGAAUGUCUUCCUCGUCCAGUUUAACUCCCAACUCCGGGGUUGAAAGAUCACACCUGACAGACACUAAUAGUGGUCAGUUGACUGGAGGCUGGGUUGCAGGAAAGAAUGAGAAGACAGAAUGGAUCAUGAUAGACUUUGGAAGACCAAUGAUAAUUGAUGGUAUAACAACCAAGGGUCAAGCUGGUCAACCAUACUGGAUUACUGCAUUCAAGAUUCUCUACUCAUUAGAUAAGAAAACAUUCACAUAUUAUGAGGAAAAUGGGCAGCCAAAGGUGUUUUCUGCCAAUCAUAACAGUGAGACUCCAGUUCAUCAAACAUUUACAGCACCUAUCAAUGCCAAGUAUGUUAGACUACUACCUGUAUCUUGGAAUGGUGCUAUUGCUCUGAGAUGGCAGCUGUUUGGAUGUACAGGUGCUCCUCCUGUGACACCUACUCUGACAGGAACAUCUUUAAACCCCAACACAGGAAAGACUGGAGUUCCAACCCUAGCACCAACAGGUGAUAUUGGCUUGAAUCCAACACCAUCACCAUCGAGCAUUACUGGUUUAAACCCAACUCCAUCACCAUCAGGCAAUACUGGUUUAAAACCCACUCCAUCACCAACAGGUGAUUCUGGCUUGAAUCCAACUCCCUCACCAUCAGGCAAUACUGGUUUGAACCCAACACUAUCACCAUCAGGCAACACUGGGUUGUACCCAACUCCAUCACCAUCAGGCAACACUGGGUUGUACCCAACUCCAUCACCAACAGGUGAUUCUGGCUUGAAUCCGACUCCAUCACCAUCAGGCAAUACUGGAUUGAACCCAACUCCCUCACCAUCAGGCAAUACUGGAUUGAACCCAACGCCAUCACCAUCAGGCAUUACUGGUUUGAACCCAACUCCAUCACCAUCAGGCAAUACAGGAUUGUACCCAACUCCAUCACCAACUGGUGAUUCUGGCUUGAAUCCGACGCCAUCACCAUCAGGCAAUACUGGAUUGAACCCUACUCCCUCACCAUCAGGCAAUACUGGAUUGAACCCAACUCCAUCACCAUCAGGCAAUACUGGAUUGAACCCAACUCCAUCACCAUCAGGCAAUACUGGAUUUAACCCAACUCCCUCACCAUCAGGCAAUACUGGAUUGAACCCAACGCCAUCACCAUCAGGCAUUACUGGUUUAAACCCAACUCCAUCACCAUCAGGCAAUACUGGGUUGUACCCAACUCCAUCACCAACAGGUGAUUCUGGCUUGAAUCCGACGCCAUCACCAUCAGGCAAUACUGGAUUAAACCCAACUCCAUCACCAUCAGGCAAUACUGGAUUGAACCCAACUCCCUCACCAUCAGGCAAUACUGGAUUAAACCCAACUCCAUCACCAUCAGGCAAUACUGGAUUGAACCCAACUCCCUCACCAUCAGGCAAUACUGGUUUAAACCCAACUCCAUCACCAUCAGGCAACACUGGAUUGAACCCAACUCCAUCACCAACAGGCAACACUGGAUUGAACCCAACUCCAUCACCAACAGGCAACACUGGAUUGAACCCAACUCCAGCACCAUCAGGCAAUACUGGAUUGAACCCAACUCCCUCACCAUCAGGCAAUACGCUUUUAAACCCAACUCCAUCACCAUCAAUGUGUAAUGGAGGAUGGUCUAAUUGGAUUAAUAAAGAUACUCCAGACACUGGUGAUGGUGACCAUGAAGCUAUGACAGCUGCAGAGAAGUUAAAGUUUUGUCCAGGUGGAGAAGUCAUUGAGGCUGAAUGUGCAACCAAAGAUGGCAUGCCUUAUGAUGGUACUGGUGAGAUUGCUUCAUGCUAUCCUGACACUGGAUUCACAUGUAACACCAUGGAUAAUUUUGAUGCACCAUGUAUGGAUUACAAGAUAAGAUACAUGUGCAAGUGUGCUGAUUUGCCAACUAAGAGUCAUGGAAAUGAUGGCCAUAAGUCUACGGUUUCACCAAGUCCAGAUGUUCAUCUAUCUCCCACGCCAUCGCCAAAUGGACUGAAUCAAGGUACACCAACACCAUCACCAACUGGUGACAGUGUUCAUUCUCCAACACCUAAACCAAGUGUUUGUAUCACUAGAUGGUCAUCCUGGCUCAACCGUGACAAGCCAGAUACUAAUAAUGGAGAUUAUGAAAAAAUGACCUCUGCAGAAUUAAAGAAAUUCUGUCCUGGUGGAACCAUCAAGCAGGUGGAAUGUCAGACAUCCACUGGAAUACCAUUCCACAGUACAGGUGCUAUCCAGUCCUGUACAAAGGAGCAAGGAAUGAUUUGUAAUAAUGCAGAUAACUUCCCAGUUGGUUGUGAAGACUACCAAAUCAGAUAUUUCUGCAUGUGUAGUGAAAAUCCAACACCAUCGCCUACAGCUCCUGGACAAGGAACACCAAUGCUUACGCCAACUGUUGUUGUGGUUACAUCACCAAACAAAAUACCAGAACCUUGUAAAGUACCAAUGGGUAUGCAGAAUGAAGCAAUUAGAAGAGAGAUGAUAACAGCUUCGUCACAAAGAAGUUCAAGCUCCAGUCCUGAACAUGCUCGUCUCAACGGUCCUACUUCCUGGAUUGCUGGUUUAGAUAACAAAAACCAGUACAUACAAGUAGACUUCUUACAACCAUCCUUUGUAACAGGUGUAACUACACAGGGACGACCUUUAGUUCCAUCAUAUGUGUCAUCUUACUUUGUCCUCUUCUCAAAUGAUGGAGUCAACUGGAACACAUACAUGGAAUAUGGCCAGAAGAAGCAAUUUAGUGGAAACUUUGACUCAGUGACACCAGUAACCCACUUUUUCACAGCACCAAUUAAAGCUCGCUUUAUUAGAAUCAAUCCACAAACUUUCUAUGGAAAGAUUGCCAUGAGGUUUGAACUCCAUGGAUGUUUCACUCCAUAUCCAACAACAAUUCCUCCAACAACACCACCAACCCCUGUACCAACCACAACAAUGAAGAUACCAUCCAAACCACCAACAACCAUUGACGUUAAAAGAUGUACACAGUGGGAUAACUGGGUGAAUUUGCACACACCAGAUGCCAGUGGUGAUUCAGAACCUAUUGCUGAAGUAAAGAAACACUCACAUAUUUGCAUUAAUCCUAUGAAGAUUGAAUGUCGAACAGCUACAGGUUCCACAGCUGAUGACCUAGGACAAAUAAUUUCCUGUGACCUUUGGAGUGGAUUACAAUGUGACAAUAUGAAUCAAUUUGACCCAAAUGGAUGUGCUGACUACAAGGUCAGACUAGCCUGCUUGAAACAGACCAGUGAAUGUAUACCACCACAAAAAACUUCAGUGUCAGGUAGUCUCCAUAAAACUACCAAAUUGGCUACUGUAAGUGUAUCACAGAUCAAGAGAGUGGCAAAAUGCUAUGAAAAUAUGGACACAAAAAAUUGUCCUGAUUCCUGUCCAGAUGGACAGUUCUGUGAUGGACUGCACUGUGUACAGAAGUCAGAAUGUACUUGUAAGAUUGAAGAAAAGAUUAUCAGGCCUGGAGGCAUUGCACAAGGAAGACAGUGUGCUACAUGUCAAUGUAUUAAUGGAGAAAACAAAUGUAUGCCAAAAUCUUGUCCUUCCUGUCAACCUGAAGAAACUAAAUAUGUGAAUGUAACAUCCUGUGAAUGUACAUGUAAGACAUGUGCUGAUAACGAGUACCGGUGUGGUAACACCAGGUGUAUACCAAAACCAUCGCGCUGUGAUGGAAUCAUUGACUGUGACACAGACGAAGUUAAUUGUGUUGUAGUACCACAAUUUACACCACCUGGAAUUCCAACACCAUCACCCACAUCUGGUAAUGGUGGUAAACCUGAAGUAAGCCCAGGAUCAAACACAGGAUUGACACCAACACCUUCUCCAACACCAGUAGAUAAUAAUACCCCAUGUGUUGAUAGAUCAUGGUCACCAUGGGUAGAUGAAAGAAAUCCAACAACGUAUGCACUUGGUGACAAGGAGAAAUCUGGUCUUGAAUAUCAGAAAGCUUCAGGAUUCUGCAGUGGAGGAACAAUUCACAAGGUUGAAUGUUGGAGUACAGAUAUUGGGGCUUUCCACUACUCAACAGGAGAAGUUAUGAAAUGCACACCAAUAGAUGGAGUAGUCUGUAACAAUGCAGAUAAUUUCCCAAUGACAUGUACUAAUUAUAAGAUCAGAUACCAAUGUAUUUGCAGCCAUAACACACCACAAUUAGAUACUGGUACAACAUCUAUAGCUGCAACCACAGUACCUACUGGACCUAUGUUCCCUGAUAGUUUACAAAAUCAUACUAGAAGACAUAGCGACCAAACAACAACAGUCUCAGCAUGCCUUGAAUCUGGAUGGUCUCCUUAUAUUAAUGAAAAUCACCCAGAUACGUAUGCCCUCGGUGACAAGGAAAAGACUGCUCUUGAAUACAAAAAAACAAUGAAUUUCUGUGUUAAUGGAAAGAUUUCUAGAGUAGAAUGUUGGGAUGUAGAUAUAGAUGCAGCUCAUUACUCGUCAGGGGAAGUAAUGACUUGUACUCCAGAAGGUGGCGUCAUGUGCAAUAAUGCUGAUAACUUCCCUGCACCAUGUUCUGACUAUAAGAUUCGAUACUUUUGUGAAUGUACACCAUCAGCAGUGACCACAGCGUCUCCACAACCAGUAUCAACUCCAGCACCAUGUGAUCUGUUGAAAUGUCAACCUAUGGUGAAACCACUUCUAAAAGAAGGUGAAAAGUUAAUGGUUAUUAAGACAACAGAUGGAUGUUGUGAUAAAUACACUGUUGUAUGCAAACCUGAGAAAUGUAUAACUCUGCCACCAACUUGUACAUCACCUAGAGUUGUACAACAGACUAACACUGGUGAAUGCUGUCCACAAUACAAGUGUGAAUGUCCAAACCCAUGUCCAAAAAUGGUAACACCUGUAUGCAAACCAGAUUCUCAUUACAUUGUGAUUGAUACAGAUUGUAAUUGCCAAGCCUAUGCAUGUGUCAAGAAUAUCAUAAAUGGAACCAUGCCUCCUGUUGUAACUGUCAAUCAAGUCUGUAAAUACACAAUGAAUGGACAUGAGGUUGUCAAACAUCCAGGAGAUAUCUGGCAAGAUGGACACUGUAAGUCUUGUCAGUGUAUGAACAGGACUGAUGGAACAGUAGAAACUUCAUGUCGUACACAGACUUGCCCUUCAUGUAAACUGGGAGAAGUACACGUUGAUUUACCUGGUGAAUGUUGUGGUCAAUGUAAACCUAGUGGUUGUGUUGUGAGCGGAACUGUAUAUAAGGAUGGACAACAUAUGCCAAUUGACAGGAAAUGUUACACAAGAACCUGCACUUACAUGCCAGACUUUCAACAAUAUGCCUUACAAGAUACCUUUAUUAGAUGUCCAACAACAGAUCUACCUGCCUGCCCUGGUAAUAAAACAUUGUACGACUCUACUGGUUGUUGCCCAACAUGCAAGGUUACUAUCAAGCAAAAUGCCUCUCAGUGUUCGACAUGUAUGCCACGUCUAAUGUUCCGUGAAGCAUCGAGAAGUGUAGCAUUCUUUACAGUAACCAAUUCAUAUGGUAUAACAUGUAAAAAUACUGACCCAGUUCAAGACCUAAUGGAAUGUUCUGGAUAUUGUUCCUCACAUGCACAAUACACAGCUAUCAUGCAAGGAUUUAACAACAAAUGUAACUGUUGUCAGCCAACAUCUACAUCAGACAAAACAGUCAAACUUACAUGUACUGAUGGUACCACAAUGAACAAAACAUACAAAGUACCAGAUACCUGUGGUUGUCUGGCAUGCUCAGCUGGUCGUUGAAGUAGAGAUAAAACAAAAGGAACUUGGUAAUCUCACGGAUAACUACUCUUGCUCACGUUAAAGGACAUGUUAUUUUUGUUAAUUUUUUUGGUCUUUUUUUCUUGUUAAUUGUCAGUAUAUAUUGUUAACUAAUUAAUAAAUUUAUGCAUCCCAAA